AUGAUGUAUACCUCAAAGUCAAAAGCAGUAAAGUCCCGGUGUGCUGCGCUUAACGAUGCCAGCAAUCUCCUCGCCAUCCUGGCCGCGGCCAAUAACUCUGAAGUCGUACCCAUGCCGUUCACCCGCAGAGACGCGCUAAAACUGUCUGAAGACGCAGGGCUUCGACGGUGUUCAUGUCCCUUGCACAAGGCGGCCGACGAAUGGAGCCGCGAAGAGGAACAAGCGAUCUGGGGAGAGGCACUUGUCCUGGGCGAAAUCCAGGUCCGCCGUCCUCUUAUUGGUCUAAAAAGAUGGCAGGUCUAUUUCGGGCGCCAUAGUAUCCGGGAUUGCACAUGGUUGCCGACGGCAGAAGUGAGAAACACUGUUACGGUUCUCCAGUCGACUGGCCAAAGCUGGUAUGCAGGAACAACAUCCGCAGAUAGAUGUAUGGCUGUGAAGGCUUGGAGCUGGGAAGAGACCCCGGACACGCCUAAGGGUAGUGGGCGCCAACAAAUCAACGACGCUAUUCCCGUUCGGGUGCCGCCCCCAGAUUCUCACCAGCCACGAAACUCGCCUCAACGAUCCAGUGGUUCUCUUCCCAACGAAGACAAAGAGAGGAAGGGGAACUGCGCCACUAUCCAGCUGGACUCGGACCACGAAGUAAAGUUAUGGUACCGAAGGCGAUGCUGA